UAUAAAUAAAGAAAAAUACUAUUCACUGUAAUAUUAAAUGGCAACGCAAUUCUUAACCUAAUUUUACUCUCAUCUAUUGAACCAAAAAAAAAAAUAAUAAUAAUAAUAAUAAAUAACUCGUUUCUUCUUCAUUUUGACGGUGCCGGGAAAAUUUGGCGCUUCCAAACGAAAAUAGAAAUUUUGGCAGUGCAACGGAAAUGGAAAUUGAAGCAGAAGAAGAGCAAGUCGCGACGGAGCCUCCCAAAAUUCACCUCCUAGAAGAGUCUCUGGUGAACCGAAUCGCUGCCGGCGAGGUCAUCCAACGCCCUGUCUCCGCCGUCAAAGAGCUCGUCGAGAACAGCCUCGACGCCCGCUCCUCCUCCAUCAACGUCGUCGUCAAGGACGGCGGCCUCAAACUCAUCCAAGUCUCCGACGACGGCCAAGGCAUACGCUAUGAGGACCUGCCGAUACCGUGUGAGCGGCAACCCUCGGCGUUUGAGGACUUGCAGUCGAUAAAGUCGAUGGGGUUCAGAGGAGAAGCACUUGCCAGCAUGACAUACGUAGCUCACGUCACCGUCACCACCAUUACCAAAGGCCAGUUGCAUGAUUAUAGCAUGGAGCUGCUGGAGCAGAUGUUAAUUCUGUUUCCACAGCAUCAAGGAUUGAUGCAAUUCGAUCGGUGUACGGGGGUGUCUGUUGCUCGCAGUCUGAUGAAAUGGAAGCUUCAGAUAAAGAUCCUUCUAGCUCAGUUUUUCAGAUGGACGGCUUUAUCUCCGAUUCCAAUUAUAGUAAAUCAUAGAUCGGUAGAUUGCAGUGAUCUGAAGAGAGCUCUAGAAGUUGUUUAUGCUGCAACAUUGCCAAAAGCAUCAAAACCCUUCAUAUACAUGUCAAUUAUGUUACCACCUGAACAUGUUGAUGUGAACGUUCACCCAAACAAAGAGAGAGGUAAGCCUUCUGAAUCAGGAAAUCAUCAUUGAGACACAAACAUUUCAGGAACAAUAGACAGAAUUGCACAUAUCUUCUGAAAAAAACAAACAAAACCCACCAAGCAGAAGAGCAGAAACAUUCUAAGCUAUCUGGACAGACUAUCCAGAAAUAUUAUCUGAUACAAAGUUGCAAAUAUGCCUCUAUAUCAAACACAAAACAUUGAAUUUCA